ACUUCCGGGUCGCGGUGCUAACAGGGAGAGUUCCGUCGUUUCCGUUGCCGGCUGUUUGCAGUGGGGAAACCGAGGCAGCUCCUGCUCCCCCUAGUUCUUCCGCUCCUGUGAGGAAAAAAAAAAUGUUUAUUUCUUUGUGGGAGUUCUUCUAUGGGCACUUUUUUCGAUUUUGGAUGAAAUGGCUAUUACGACAGAUGACUGGGAAGUGUGAAUUGCAGCGAAUAUUUGAUACCUAUGUAGGUGCACAGAGGACACACAGGAUAGAAAAUUCCUUGACAUACUCCAAGAAUAAGGUUUUACAGAAGGCGACACGUGUUGUUCAGAGUGAAGUGGACAAAUGUGUGGAUGAUAUUAUGAAGGAAAAGAAUAUUAACCCUGAGAAGGAUGCCAGUUUUAAAAUCUGCAUGAAGAUGUGCUUACUUCAGAUAACUGGUUAUAAACAGCUCUAUUUGGAUGUAGAAAGUGUGAGGAAAAGGCCAUAUGAUUCUGAUAACCUACAACAUGAAGAGCUACUCAUGAAGCUUUGGAAUCUUCUAAUGCCCACGAAGAAGUUAAAUGCUAGAAUCUCCAAGCAGUGGGCUGAAAUUGGUUUCCAGGGUGAUGAUCCCAAGACAGACUUCCGAGGCAUGGGCAUACUUGGAUUAAUCAAUCUUGUGUAUUUCAGUGAAAAUUACACUAGUGAAGCUCAUCAGAUUCUUUCCCGUUCAAAUCAUCCAAAACUAGGGUAUUCUUAUGCAAUAGUUGGAAUCAAUCUUACGGAGAUGGCUUAUAGCUUACUGAAGAGUGAAGCUUUGAAGUUUCAUCUCUAUAACUUUGUUCCUGGUAUACCAACAAUGGAACACUUUCAUCAGUUUUAUUGUUAUCUUGUCUAUGAAUUUGACAAGUUUUGGUUUGAAGAAGAACCAGAAAGCAUUAUGUAUUUCAACUUGUAUAGAGAGAAGUUUCAUGAAAAGAUUAAAGGACUUUUACUGGAUUGUAAUGUAGCACUUACUUUAAAAGUAUAAAUCAUCCACUGUAUCUUCUAUUUCUACCACAUUUUGCACAUUCAACAGAAUUUUUAUGUUGUAAUGGAAUUAUCUGAUCAAUUACACUCUUAUAUAUAAUUUCCUACAAAAAUAUUUCAGAAAUUCUAUUUAAGAAAGCUAGUGGACAAUCAGUGUAUGUUUACAAUUGUUUAUACACUGUUCUCCAAAGGUACCUUAUCCUUCCAAAGAUCCCCUCUGUAGAGUCAUGCGAACUACAGUUUGGAACUUGGGACUUAGCCCGUUGGUGUAAAAGUAUAAAUCAGGUAUUUGUAUUAAAUUGUUGGUUAAAAUGUGUAAAAUCAAUUUUCAUUUUUAUGUGUUGUGGGAUCAAGUUAGUAUCUUUUUUCAAAGCUCUUUUAAGAUUUUUUUUGGUUUUUAGUUUGGGAAUGGCUGUUUUUAAUUUUCUUUGAUUUUUAUUUCUAGGGUAAUUAACAGGAAGAGUGUUUCUUUAUGAUUUUCUUUGUUUGCAUCUUAAUUACAUGUCAUAAUGUUGCUUCAUUAGUAGCAAACAGAGCAGAUACGGCAGAGAGAAUAAAGAAUUAUGGCCUCCUUUUGGGUUUCUGUGAUUAUUGAGCAUAACUGAUGAGAGAAUGACAGUAUUGGUGACUAGCUUUUUUGUUUUUAAAUAACACACUUUAAAAUGCCACAGUGUUAUUUGAAAGCUUAAAGGCAUUUUCUCAUCUUCAGUAUUUGCUUUUUAUCAGUUGUAGAAAAGAACCUUAAUGUUUUCUUCUCUAGCUAUGUAUGUUUAUGAAACUGCUUUACUUGUGUAUGAAACUUCUCUACCUAUGUAUGUUUAUGAAAAGAGAUGUAUUUGCCAAGAAAAUCUUGAUUAUAUAAAAGACAAAAAGAUUAUAAAAGACAGUUUUUAUUUAAAUAAAACUGUCUUUGAAACUUAAGAAAGUUUAAGUUUUAAAAAAAAUCUCAGUUAAACAUCAUUGGUUUAUUUGACGUACUGUUAACUUGCUUCUCUUUGACUCCAUGGUGUUUUUAGAAAACGAUGUAUGAACUUUAUGUUAACGGUUUGUGGGAUACUAAAAUAGCUU